AUGACAGGAGAUACCAUCAAGCCAGCAACGGCCGCCGCGGCCCCGGGUCUCUUUGACAGCGGAUAUGCUCGUAGCAGGAAGGAGCUCAUGGCCGUCAUUGACAAGAUGCGAGCCUGCGGUGCUGCCGCGGAUCUUGAUCUUCCGACUAUCGUCGUAGCGGGCAACCAGUCAUGCGGCAAGUCAUCUUUGAUCGAGGCCAUCUCAGGAAUCAAGCUACCCCGGUCGGUCGACACGUGUACUCGCGUCCCACUCGAAGCCCGUCUGCGACAGGGGGUUGAGGAUGAGCCGUGGACUUGCGAUGUCAAGAUCCGGCAGGAAGGGAGCGACAAGAUGACUACCGAGGCGGGCACGCUCGAGCAGGCCUUCGGUCCGCGACUCACCAACCCUGACACGGUAGAGGACGUCAUUCGUCGCGCACAGCUCGCCAUUUUGAACCCCUCCGUCCCCUCGAAAGACUUCGUCGGAUACAUCAUCCCCUCCGAGCCGGAGGAGGCGCCUCUGGGAUCUACCAAGCAGCUCAACUUCUCGUCAAACGUCAUCGUCCUGGAGAUUACCGGUCCGAACGUCACCGAUCUCACUCUGGUCGAUCUGCCCGGUAUCAUACAGAAUGUCGGCGACGGUGAAGAUGUGAACGAUAUCAAGGUCAUUGAGGAUAUGGUGAAGGGCUAUAUCGAGAAGGACUGCCUCAUCCUGCUGGUCUUGACUAUGAAGGACGAUACCAAGAACCAGAAGGCCUUGUUGCUCGCCAAGGCGGCAGACCCGGCUGGGACGCGUACAAUUGGCGUUCUGACCAAGCCAGACACCUUGAUCGAGGAAGCAGACAAGGCGUUGUGGCUGGCCGUGGCUCAGAACAAGAAGCAACAUCUCAACCUGGGAUACUACGUCACUCGUCAACCAGGUGCCGACGCUCUCCUCAAAGGUAUCACUUUCGCCGACGCUCGCAAGCAGGAGAAGGACUUCUUCGCCACCGAGAAGCCUUGGAGCACUUUGGAUGCCGAGGGGAAGAGUCGUCUCGGGACUGGCGUUUUGGUCUCCUUCCUCAGCAAUGAACUUUCCCGCCACAUUACCGAAAAGCUACCCGCCCUCGGCGACCAAAUCGAGCUUCUCCUCCGCGACGCGGUUCAAGAACUCAGCAAACUCAGCGAGGAGGUAUCCGACAACCCGGCCAGCGCGCUCCUCGGUCUUCUCACCGACUUUGAGACCUCGAUCAAACAGUAUGUCAUCGGCGGAGCGGGUCACGCUGUGACCAUCCAAGCUAUCAACCACAUCGCCAAGGAUCUCAAAAUUGAGAUUCAGAAGACCAAGCCCGCCUACUUCGGUCACGCGAGUCCCCAGCCUAUCCCCAAAUACGGCGGCCUACAGCCGCGGACCGAGCAGGACAUGCAGAGAGAGCUCCGGAAGCUGAUGGAGGAUGGCGCAGGCCGGAUGUACCUGGACCAUAUGAGACUCCAUAUCGAGAAUUGUCGGUCUCGAGAGCUCCCCAACCAAGUCCCCGACGCCGCCCUCCUCAAGUUGAUUGAACGCUCAACCGCGACCUGGGAGAAGCUGUCGGUCCGCAUGCUCCGGAGCGUUGAGCCGGUAGUCAAGCAGAUGCUCCAAGACAGGAUCGCUGAGAUCUUUGGGCAGUACGAGUACGGUCGCUUGCCCUCCGCAGUCACUGUCAUCGUCAACAACGUCCUCGAGGAGAUCGGCAAGCGCACGCUCGUGAUGGUCACCAAGCUCGCCACAAUGGAGCCCAUCCCCUACACCAAAAAUGACCACUAUCUCGACUCCUGCCAGCCGGCAGAGCUCUCGGCGGACCCCGCAGGGCACGCGGUAGCGAUGCAGGAGGCACUCGCAGCUCUUGCUAAGAUCGGGAUGGCGGGCGUGGUAGAGGCGGAUCUAAACAAGCUGCUUCCCGUGGACGAGUAUGAAGCAGAGAUGCAGCUCAUGUCUCGAUCCACGGCAUACUGGAAGGUGGCGUCCAAGCGUAUCAUCGAUAACAUCCCUCGCUGUAUCGACGCCGAGCUCCUCACCCCUCUUCCCAAAGCCAUCCGUACCGCGCUACUCCACCAGCUCGACAUCUUGGGUACCACCGGUCCGGAACGGUGUCGAAGGUUCCUGGGGGAAUCGCCCAGUGAUGUGCAUCGCCGAAAGGACCUGAAGGAUCGCGUGGAAAGGCUGGAGGGGGCCAAGCGGGCGAUUGAUAGCUUCAGCAUGUAG